AUGGACUACCACAAGUCUAGAGUUCCCAUAUGGCAUGCAGAAACUCAAAGCGAAUUAGUUGAGUACCUAUGCACGAGACGCUGGGAACAGUCAAAAAUCCGUAAUAGAGACCUGAUCAAAGAACCAUUUAAAAAAGUCCCUGGCUGGGAUAGCACAAGGGCUAUAUGGACAACGCUUAAUCGAAUAAGAUCAGAACAAGGAAGAUGCAACUACCUACUUCACAAAUGGGGGAAUGGUAGACUCUCCACUUUGCGAAUGUGGAGAAAUGCAGACAAUCAAACAUAUGGUUGAGUUGUAUCCCAUUACAAUGUUCAAAGAAGGAUUAACAAAACUACACGAGGGUGGCCCAACACAGCUAUAA